AUUCACACUUUUGAUGAACAUUUUGGAAAAAUGGAUUUUAGUCCCACAUCACUAGUACUUUUUAUUGCAAUUAUAGUGACUGGUGAAUGUCAAAGUGAGAAAUGCACUGGACUUAUACAAGGAAUGUGCUGUUCGGGACAGGUAUGGAACAAUGUUUCUAACGCUUGCGAAUCCUGUGCUCCGGGUUACUAUGGUAAAACCUGCAGUGAUCCCUGUAAGCACCCGUACUAUGGAAUGAGCUGUAUGAAUAAAUGUAAUUGUUCCGAAAGCGAGUGUAAUCCUACUCUUGGUUGCAACGAUUUCGCCCCCUCAUCAAAUCCAGAUUGUUCUCCGGGUUUCUAUGGAAAGACUUGCAGCACUCUCUGUAAAAAACCGUACUACGGAAUGCAUUGUAUGAAUGAAUGCAAUUGUGUCGAAAGCGAGUGCAAUCCAGUUUUUGGCUGCAGGGAUCCUGUUAGCUCACCAAUUCCAGAUACGAGAUCAGUCAAUAUAUUUCAUCAGAAUGAUUCAGACGGAUACAUUCAUUCUCCGGCGAAGUCAGGGAACGGUGAAGUCCGUUCUAUCCGAAGGUGCUGUGCGGGACAGGUAUGGAACAAUAUUUCUAACACUUGCGAAUAUUGUUCUCCUGGUUACUUUGGAAAGACUUGCAGCACUCUCUGUAAGCAGCCGUACUAUGGAAUGCGCUGUAUGAAUAAAUGUACUUGUUCCGAAAGCGAAUGCCAUCCUAUUUUUGGAUGCAGGGAUCAUGUUAGCUCGCCAAUUCCAGAUAUUGGAUCAAUCCCUAUAUUUCAUCUUAAUGAUUCAGGUAACCUGUUUUUAUAUCCAUAUGAGGCAGAACUUAUUCAAAAUUUCUACAUGAGCGGAACAAAUAUCUGGCUGUGUCGUUCCACUUGACGUUUAGAUAUAUUAAAGGUGUUUUAUCUAUCAACACUGUUCAUGAUCAUGCAUGUUUUGAAUCGAUAUAUCCUUGAGAACGUGAAAUACAAACCACAACAGAGCCACCCACGUCUGCAUUGGUCAUAUAUGUCAAUGGCCAACUGACACCAUAACAUUAUGACUUAGUUUCUCCAUCGUCAACUUCCCUAAUGACUGCCUUCUUACGUCAACAAGGCAUCAACACGCUUCGAGGGCCAGUGUUUUCACCUGAUCUGAGUCAAAUUGAGCAGUUCUGGGACCGGUUAGAUAGGGCGGUAAGACAGCGUCAUCCACAGCCACAAACACGUCGGCAGCUGGAAACAGCAUGGUAGACAGAUUGGAGAAAUAUACCGCAAGUCCGAAUACAACGCCUAUUUCGUUUUAUGCCUAGGAUAUGUCGUGCAUGUCCAUUGCUGUACAAUCAAGUAUUCAAUUUCAAAGACAAGAUGUUCACUUCCCAAAACUAUGUGAAGUUGACAAUGAAUUUACAUGAUGCAAAUAGCAUUUCUGAUAAAAUGU